AUGGAGGGGAAAUCCCGCAGGAAACGUGCGUGGACGUUUCCAGGGACACUUUGGUGUGGUGUUGGAAGCAAAGCUACCCGUUACGACCAGUUAGGAAUGUUUGAGAGUGCAGACAGAUGCUGCCGUGAACACGACCACUGUGAGCAUAUCAUCCCUGCUUUUACAGUGAAUUACGGCGUCUUCAACCCCAACUUCUUCACCAUCUCACACUGUGACUGUGACCAAAGGUUUCGGCAGUGCCUACUCGGAGUGAAUGAAACCAUCUCUGCUAUGGUUGGCUUCAGCUUCUUCAACAUCUUCAAGGUGCCCUGCUUUGAACUCGUUCAGCGGAUGCAGUGCACGGAGAUGUACUGGUGGGGAAUGUGCAAGGAAACCAAAGAGGCGCCAUAUGCUGUCUUUCAAAACCCUGCGGCUUUCAACACGACCCACACUCCAAGCAAGCAUAAUGAUGCUGGAGAAAGCCACAUGAGAGCAACAGCUGAAGGGGACCGUGUAGUGGCAGUCCCACCGUCUCAUUCAAACAGAAAGCCAUCCACAGCUGAAAUCUCAAAACAGUCUGGUUCUUCACAUAGGUGCACCCUCAGAGAUCCACCCAGAGGAGACACCUUUCACCGCAAAAAGAGGAAGGGGCUGGGAUGCAAAAGGAACAGUUUGCUCCUUUGUGGAACCCUUAAACAUUUGGAUGAAUGCAGAUACAAAAUUCCCCCUUUGAAGAAGAAAUAUCAUUUACGAAAUAUGGAGUCAAAGACUAUCUACCAUUGUGAUUGCACUAGCCGGUGA